AUGAGUUGCAAAGGGAACAUUUACGCCUUCAAGUGGAGCGAGCUCUACACUUCAACAUUUGAUGGAAGCCAUUCCUAUAAAUUUUGUCAGCAGGAGAAAAACAUUGGGUUUGUAAUACACCCAAGGAGCUCUAUUUGGUUGGAAGAUGCAAGGCAGCAUGCAAAUACAAAUAUGACAAUUAUGCUGAUUGGAAACAAGUGUGAUCUUGUUCACAGACGGGUCGUUAUAGGCAUCUCUUUGAAAAAGUCAGAUGUGGCUUCGUGUGGAACUGGAGUAACCUCAUGCAUUCUUGCAUUGUUUGAUAUUGUUGUUGAGGCUACCACAUCAAGAAUACUUUCUGGGCCGUAA